AUGCGUCGGCUCAUCUCCCGUAGCGUCUCUGUCAGCGCCGCCGUCCGCUCACCCGCCUCGUCUGCUGCUCCCCGCUCGUCCGUCAUCACCAUGUCGUCCAAGAGCGGCCAGGCCUCUUCGGCCGCUCGACGACUCCACGCCACCGCCCAGCAGCUGCGUCCUGCCGCCGCCGCCGCGGGGCUGGCCUCGACCGCCACCAGCUACCCGACCACGCACGACAAGAUCCAGACGGUCGAGGACACACCGUACUUUGUCGACAACAAGUUUGUGCAGUCCAAGGCGUCCAAAUUCAUCGACCUGCCCGACCCGGCCACCAAUAACCUCGUCACGCGCGUCCCGCAGAUGACGGACGAGGAGAUGCGCGCCGCCGUCGCCAGCGCCGAGAAGGCGUUUGCCGAGUGGCGCAACACGUCGGUCCUGUACCGCCAGCAAAUCAUGUUCAAGUUUGUCGCCCUCAUCCGCGAGAACUGGGACCGCCUCGCCGCCAGCAUCACCCUCGAGCAGGGCAAGACCUUUGCCGACGCCAAGGGUGACGUCCUCCGCGGCCUGCAGGUCGCCGAGGCGGCGUGCGGCGCGCCCGAGCUGCUCAAGGGCGAGGUGCUCGAGGUCGCCAAGGACAUGGAAACGAGAACCUACCGCGAGCCAUUGGGCGUCGUGGCUGCCAUCUGCCCCUUCAACUUCCCCGCCAUGAUUCCUCUCUGGUGUAUUCCUAUUGCCACCAUCACCGGCAACACCCUCAUCCUAAAGCCCUCGGAGCGUGAUCCUGGCGCCGCCAUGAUCCUCGCUGAGCUGGUCCAAAAGGCGGGCUUCCCCGACGGCGUUGUCAACGUCAUCCACGGCGCGCACAAGACGGUUGACUUCAUCCUCGACGCGCCCGCCAUCAAGGCCAUUAGCUUCGUCGGCGGCAACAAGGCGGGCGAGUACAUCUUCUCGCGUGGCUCGGCCAACGGCAAACGCGUGCAGGCCAACCUCGGAGCCAAGAACCACGCUGCCGUGCUGCCCGACUGCAACAAGAACCACUUCAUCAACAGCGUCGUCGGUGCCGCCUUUGGCGCCGCCGGCCAGCGCUGCAUGGCCCUCAGCACCCUCGUCAUGGUCGGCGAGACCAAGGAGUGGCUGGCUGAGGUGGCCGAGAGCGCGCAAAAGCUCAAGGUUGACGGCGGCUUCGAGGAAUGCACCGACGUCGGCCCCGUCAUCUCGCCCCAAAGCAAGGAGCGCAUCGAGAAGCUCAUUGCUUCCGCCGAGAAGGAGGGCGCCACCAUCUUACUCGACGGCCGCGGCCAGGCCCCGUCCAAGUAUCCCAACGGCAACUUUAUCGGCCCCACCAUCAUCUCCAACGUCACCCCCGAUAUGACGUGCUACAAGGAGGAGAUUUUCGGCCCCGUCCUCGUCUGCCUUAACGUUGAGACCAUUGACGACGCCAUUGAGCUCAUUAACAAGAACGAGUACGGCAACGGCGUCGCCAUCUUCACCAAGUCAGGCCCCACCGCCGAGACGUUCCGUCGCCGCAUUGAAGCCGGCCAGGUUGGUAUCAAUGUUCCUAUUCCUGUGCCCCUGCCCAUGUUCUCCUUUACCGGCAACAAGAAGAGCAUUGCCGGCGGUGGUGCGAGCACCUUUUACGGCAAGCCUGGUAUCAACUUUUACACGCAGCUCAAGACGGUCACUGCCCUGUGGCAGAGCAACGAUGCUGUUGCGAAGAAGGCGACCGUCUCUAUGCCUACGCUGCAGUAA